AUGGGAUUGGACAUAGGCCCUAAAUCCGAGGAGAAGUAUGCUGAAGUAAUUGCCAGAGCAAAGACGAUUGUCUGGAAUGGCCCUCCAGGAGUGUUUGAGCACGAGAAGUUCGCUCAUGGCACUAAGGCUGUGAUGGAUGCGGUAGUGAAAGCAACAACAGAUGGAGCAACUACCAUUAUUGGAGGUGGUGAUACUGCCACAGCUUGCAAAAAAUUCAAAACAGAAGAUAAAGUCAGUCACGUUUCCACUGGUGGUGGAGCAAGAAAGGUUCUGCCUGGUGUGGAUGCACUUUCACCUGCACAGUGA